UUCUUGCUGCGUGCGCUGCAUAAAGUCGAACAAGCCUUCUAUGUGCCACACUAAGCAAAAUAGAAAGUUGUCUGGCGAGAAUGAAUGUUAUAUAGACGGUAAAGAGACAGGCUGUAGUAGGACAAAGGGGAGCAAACUAUUGUUUUGAAUAUGUUUUUUAAUAUCUUUGCAUUUUGUUGCAAAAUGAUUCGUUGUAUGCAAUACAAACAGAAUACAAUAGAUUGGGCUAACCUGCCGUAGAUUUUUUUCAUUUGACUGCUGCUUAGCAUAAAUGAGUGAGGAAAAUGAGCGCGGCAAAAAUAUAUUAAGUGGCUCCUUAUGUCGCGUGAUGUUGCUGCGAUACGUUAACGCGUCCACCAUAUUGGUCCGGGCAAGAGCGCUUAAUAGUACAGCAUAAACGCUCUCUCGAAGAUGCCCGCGCGAACGGAACGGGAAGAUGACGUCAACAACGCUUUGCAUGUUGGGACUUUAGGAUACGGAAACUGUGGGAAAGCUAUGUUGUCGGACGAGACGUUGAAGUUUGCAUUUUACCGCUAAAAUGGUCAACUCUUGUUGUGUAAUAAACUGCCACAGCCGCACCUUCGACCGGCGUGGAAAACGCAUCUAUGAUGGAGUGCGGUAUUUUAGUUUUCCCACAUGGAAACAACACCAUGGACCCAAGGUCUCCGAGCUAACAAAGCGGCGUCGCAUGGCAUGGGUAGAAGCAGUAGGACGGGAAAGCAUCACAUUCGACUCCAUUUCCCGACACAUGUUUGUUUGUUCACGGCAUUUUCACUACGGGAAACCAGCCUAUGAAAUGCUGGAGUGUGAUCCUGACUGGGUGCCAACAUUACGUAUGGGCCACACAGAAGAAGACUCUAAGAAGUUAAAUCAAAGGAAAAAGAGAAAGAAAGCUCUCACAGGGAACAACGGAGCACCUGCACCUCUUGAUCUAGGAGACCAAACAUCAGAUAAGGUUGAAGCUGUACCACAAAAUGAUGCUUUACAGAUGGAUGAAGCUGGCGUGAACACUGUCGUGUCACAGGAAUGUGAUUUUUGUAGCUGCAGCAAUGCUGAACUUAACCGCUUGUUGGAGGAGAACAGAAUGUUAAAGAAAGAGCUUUCUCAACAGAAUAUGGAUGAGGAUUUUUUUAAAGAUGAUGACAAGAAGGUCGAAUACUACACAGGUCUUCCAUCGUUUCCGGUUCUGAUGGGUGUGCUGGCACAUCUUGAUCCCUACCUGCCACAGGCCAGCCAAGACCUUUCACCUUUUCAGAUGCUCCUCUCAACUCUGAUGCAGCUGAAGCUGAAUCUGCCGGACCAGCACAUUGCAUUCCUCUUCUCUGUGGAUCGAAAGACAGUGACCACCACAUUCAGAGAGACCAUAGAUGUAAUGUUUAUACAUCUUAAACCUCUGUUGCACUGGCCCAAGAGAUAUGUCUCGCUAGCCACUUUGCCACAUCAGUUCGUAGAGGCUUUUGGCGAACGUGUAUUCAUUAUUGUGGACUGCUUUGAAAUGAACAUUGAAGGAGCAUUAAGUUUCAAAGCUGGAUCGCAUACAUUUUCCCGCUGUAGACACAAGGACACCCUGAAGUAUCUCAUUGGCUUUACGCCAAUGGGAGCAAUCGCUUUUGUUUCCCAAGGAUGGGCUGGUCGUGUCAGCGACAAGCAUGUGACUGAGAAUAGUGGCCUUUUGAACCAGUUGUUACCUGGGGACUUGGUUUUGGCAGGUCGUGGAUUUGACAUCAAGGACAGUGCCGGAUUGAUGUGUGCGGAAGUGAAAUCCCCUGCAGUGACAGCAGAAAACAACCAGCUGGAUGUAAAAUAUGUGGAGGGGAUACACCAUUCAGCUUACAUCAAGGACCACGUGGAGAAGAUUAUUGGAACUAUACACGCAAAAAGCUCAAUACUAAGCAGAACUUUACCAGUGAGCAUGGUGCUCCCAUGUCCAGAUGAGGAUGUGUCAUUUUUUGACAAGAUAUUGACUGUAUGCUGUACUGUAACUAACAUGUGCCCUAGCGUUGUGAUGCCCUGGCUUAAACCAUGACAUGACAUAAAACAAUGUAAAUAUGUGUGAAUGGCAUAUCCUGUGUUAUUAGUGUUUUUUUAAGUUACGUUCCACCUGUUGCCAUAUUAAAUGACAAAAAGUACCUCAGCUA